AUGACAUUCUUCCCGGUGACCCUGCUUGCGUAUAGCUACACAUUCGUCAGCAAGGGUACGGUGCGGGCGUUCAUCCCCGAUCUCGAGCACGAAGCUGCAGUCUACGAACGCCUCCGGCCGAUCCAAGGCGUUAACGUACCUGUGUUCUUGGGUGCUAUCGACCUCCGAUCGAUGAACAAGAUUUACUACUAUGACCAUCGGGUGUAUGUGGUGUAUAUGAUAUUUCUGUCAUGGGGAGGGCAUCAUAUUCAUCCAGCAGAAACCGUGGAUAGCGAGGGGAGGCUGCUCGAGGAUAAGGCGGUGCGGUCGUUGCGAGCAAUGCAUCAAGAGGGCGUGGUCCACAAGGAUGUGCGCGUCGCAAACAUGUUGUUCAAUCCCGAGACCAAUGGGGUCAUAAUAAUUGACUUUGAACGGGCUUCGCUACUCAGGCCGCCUCGGCGUCCGUUGGCGCAGUUGAUGCCAAAUAAGCGAGCAUGGAAGCAAGAGACAAUAGAUAUCAAGAAGGCGACUGGAGGUUCACGCAAUCAAAGCCGAUCAAGUCGAGGAUUUCCAGAGGAUAUUUUGAUGGCGAAGACGGCGUUCUUAGACGGGGAAAUGCACCGAAAGCUAUGA